UGCAUAUUUUCACUAAGUACAUGCCUACCUCGGGUACCUUACAGACUCUCUCACCACCAUGAGAUCUCCUAUCGAGAUCCCAUCGUAGAUCACUCUACUACCUACCUACAACACAGCGACUAGUUGCCUACACCCAGGUGUGGAUAUGUGUGCCCCAAGACACACAAGAUUCCUAACCAAAAUAUAAGCAUCUCAACGAGUACCUACCUACCUACUUACCUACCUAUAGCCUGGAGAGAUCAGCAUCAGGUCAGGCCUGUGUGGCCUUCCACCGCCUGUCCUUCUCCCUCUCCCACCAGAAUAUGUCCUGCUCCCAGAGGCAGUUGGCCAACUUCCCAAUCAGGAACAUCCCUACGGCAAUAUCCACCCCAUUUCCACCAUUCACAACGGUAAUAGGGCUGUGGUCCGCCUUGGCAACAUCCUCCUCUAGGGAAAUGGGCCGGGCGGAGGGGAGGGGAGAUGAUCCCCGACCGGCACCCCAUGUAGAGGAAAGCCGGGGGGGAGAGAGGGGGUACGUGGAUAUGGUCGUCUAUCCCCUCCCGCGUAAAGCCAGAUAGAUAGGUAGGUCGCUUGCAUAUCGACUUCAACCGGCAGCAGUGCCCAUUGUUCUCCCACCGCGCCGACGCCGGUCCAUCUACCUACCUAUAGUAGUGUCUCACGCGACCGGUAUUUGCGAUGCCGACAACCACAGCAACGCCAGCUACCACAGCACGGCCCGCAUCACGCCGUCGAUGGGGGUUGCGGCUUAUCGGUGCCGCCUGUUGGCUGGCGACAGUUGUCCGUGCCCAAGCUCCUCCCGCUCCGUAUCUGCGGACCCCGUCCCCUCGUCAGCUCUCAUGGCAUCGGUUCGAAUACUACGCAUUUGUGCACUUCGGCCCCAACACCUUCACCGACGAAGAAUGGGGCAGGAGCCAGAGUACGCCCGACGUCUUCAACCCCACCGCGCUCGACACGGACCAGUGGGCGAGGUCGUUUGCGGACGCCGGUAUGACGGCCAUGAUCCUAACCGCCAAGCACCACGACGGCAUGGCGCUGUGGGACACGAACACGACGACAUACAAGAUCGGCAACGGAAAAUGGGCACGUAGCCGUGUCGCAAACGGCCUCGCCGCCGAUGUCGUGCAGAUGGCGGCCGAGUCCGCGAAGAAGUUCGGCAUCAAGUUCGGUAUCUACCUGUCGCCGUGGGACAUCCACCGCGACCCGGCCAUGCCGAAGGGAGAGCUGGCCGGCACCCUCUACGACGAGCCGCAGAUCUUUGGCGACGAUAGCCCGGGCGACUACAACGAGCUCUACUCCCAGCAGCUGACGGAGUUGCUAACGAUGCGAUUAAGCGACGGCUCGCCCAUCGACGUAUCCGAGCUAUGGCUCGACGGGAACAGCGGCUCCAGCACGGUCCAGACAUUCAACUGGACCGGUUUCCGUGACAUCAUCCGCCAGCACCAGCCGGACGCCAUCAUGUGGGGCCACCAGGGCGUCGACGCGCGUUGGGUCGGCAACGAGGACGGCGUAACGGUGGCGACGAACUGGCACACCAUCAGCCGGACCCAGGACCAGGCACGCUACUCCGGCGAGGAGCUGCAGACUGGGGUGCGUGACGGCGCCUACUGGACGCCGGCCGAGGCGGACGCACGCCUGCGGGACGGCUGGUUCUACCACGCCAACGAGAAGCCCAAGACGGCGGACGAGCUGACGGAGAUGUACAUGCAGUCAGUGGGACGGAGCGUGAACCUGCUACUCGACGUGCCCCCCGACACUACGGGGCAGAUCGUCCGGGAGGACGCGGAGGCGCUGCUGCAGUUCAAGGCGCAGCGUGACGCGUUUUUCGACCGCGAGAUCCUCGCGCCGGGGCACACGGUCAACGCGAGCAGCGUGCGAAGCGGCGACGCGGCGCGCUACGGGCCGGCUAACGCGCUCGACACCAGCAACACGGACACGUACUGGGCGGCUGAGGACGGCGAGACGACGGGCUGGCUCGAGGUCGACCUCGGCGCCGUCCAUACCUUCGACGCGUUCGUCGUCCAGGAGCACGUCGCGCUCGGCCAGCGCGUCGGCGCGUACGCCAUCGACGCACUGGUGGACGGCGCCUACCGGACGCUGGUGACUGGCACAUCGAUGGGGUAUAAGCGUAUCGACAGACUUCGCGCACCCGCGGACGCGAGCCGCGUAAGGCUCCGUAUCACGCAGGCCAACGCCACACCCUUAAUCCAGAGUUUCCAGAUUCUCGGGGCCCGGAGGGACGCUGCGUGAUAUAGACUAGAACUGUCUAUGGGCCAUGAGGCAUUCGGGCUCACGAUAAGCAAGGACUUUGUAAGAUUAUUCUUACGCUCCGUAGCUAGGAUGCGAUAGCCUAGCUCUGUUUAGCCCACGACUAAUCCAAUUUUCCGCCCACGCCGGGUCUCGGGAUAAUCGGCUUAGGGGAUAGCUAUCACGGCCAUAGCCACCGCGCCGGUAAACAAGCCAGCUAUCAUGAAGCCAGAGAGGACGACACGGAUACAUUAAUAUACUCCCGCGUUUUGCAAUUCGUAAACUGCACCUGUACGAUUAAGCAUACAGCUGCCCGGAUCAGAUUAGAGGUGACCACCGUAUCAGAGAAACCGAGAAUAAGUCAACACGUAGGUAGCUUGUGUAGGUAAGGGUAGUCG